AUGCAGUCCCUGAGACAGAUGCGGCCGGCAGGCAAGCUGCUCAACCAGGCCGCGAAGCGCGCAUACAGCGUCUCCCAGGCCGGCCCUUACUCCAAGACCAUCGACAACCUGCGUAUCAACUCUGAGACCAAGGUCCUUUUCCAGGGCUUCACUGGCAAGCAGGGAACUUUCCACGCGCAACAGGCCAUCGACUACGGCACCAAGGUUGUUGGUGGAACGAACCCCAAGAAGGCCGGCCAGGAGCACCUGGGUCUCCCCGUCUUCGCCAACGUCGGCGAGGCUGUCAAGGAGACCGGCGCCGAUGCCACCGCCAUCUUCGUCCCCCCCCCUCUGGCCGCCGCCGGUAUCGAGGAGGCCAUCGCCGCCGAGGUCCCUCUCGUCGUCUGCAUUACUGAGGGUAUUCCCCAGCAUGACAUGGUCCGCAUUACCAACAUGCUGAAGACGCAAUCCAAGACUCGUCUCGUCGGCCCCAACUGCCCCGGUAUCAUCGCGCCCGGCCAGUGCAAGAUCGGUAUCAUGCCCGGCUUCAUCCACAAGCGCGGCCGCAUCGGCAUCGUCUCCCGCUCCGGCACCCUCACCUACGAGGCCGUCAACCAGACCACCCAGGCCGGCCUCGGCCAGUCUCUCGUCGUCGGUAUCGGCGGUGACCCCUUCAGCGGCACCAACUUCAUCGACUGCCUCAACGUCUUCCUCAAGGACGAGGAGACGGACGGCAUCAUCAUGAUUGGCGAGAUUGGUGGUUCCGCCGAGGAGGACGCCGCCGACUUCCUCCGCGCCAACAACACCGUCAACGGCGGCAAGCCCGUCGUCUCCUUUAUUGCCGGUAUCUCCGCUCCUCCCGGCCGCCGCAUGGGUCACGCCGGUGCCAUCGUCUCCGGCGGCAAGGGUGGUGCCGACUCCAAGAUCUCGGCCCUCAAGUCCGCUGGCGUCAUCGUCGAGCCCUCCCCCGCCGGCCUUGGCAAGGCCCUGUACGACGAGUUCGUCCGCCGCGACCUCUUGUAA